AUGUAUCCUGAAUACCCGCUCCCGCCGACCAGCAUAAAGCUGUCGGAAAAUCCCAUAGACGACUACCAGCGCACGUGGCUGGCGGCCGGCGACGUCCGAAGUGACACACACGGUUGGCAGGGGCAACCGUCGCUGCUGCGGGUAACGCGCACGCGCUACCGCACGUGCGCGGUGCAGGGCUUCCACGACGUGCUGGCGGGCGGCGGGGCGGCAGCGAAGCGCGUGGGGCUCGAGUGCUCGGAGUACCAGUUUCCCGACGUGCUGGACAUGGGCUCUGCGAAUGGCCACGCCCAACAGCAGCCCCAGCAGCAGCAGCAGCCGCGCGCGCCAGCUCAGGUGUUUCUCGCUCCACACACCCACGAGCUCAACUCGCUGACCAAAAACCAGCAGUUCCGGCUUCGCAAGAUCCAGUACUCGGACCAGCGCGUGUCGCGGGCCAUCAACCCCAACAACUGCGUGUUGUGGGACCACCAGACCGGCUACGUCUUCUUCACGGGCAUCUGGCGGCUGUACCAGGAUGUGAUGCAAGCGCUGGUGUCGCUGGACCGGCCUGACACGACCGCCGGCUCUGUCGAUCGCAAGGCGCACUGCCAGCUGGAGCUGGACUACGUUCUGUCAAAGUGCUUCUACGAGUGCGCUCAGCCCGUGGAGUCCCCCUUGCAUUUUUCUCGCCGCAAGUCCUCGGCCAAGCGCGGCGUCCAUAGACACGCCAGCGUCCCUAACGUCUCCACGUCAGCCGCCUCGUCUUCGCAAUCCCGCACCCACCACGCUGCGGCCACGUCCACCGCCUCCGGCGCGCCUUCUUCCUCGCUCCACUACGCCGACAUCCACUGGCACAAUCUGGACCCGCAGCUGAAACAGUCGCUGUGCCGGGUGUACCGCGAGACCUACCACCUGGACCGCGACGUCGAGUUCCAAGACCUCAUGAAACGCAUCCGUGGUGGGUACAUCAAAAUCCAAGGCACCUGGCUUCCGUUUGAACUCGCAAGAGCCCUGUGUGUACGUUUCUGCUACCCCAUCCGCUACCUUUUGGUACCCAUUUUCGGACCCAGCUUCCCAGACGAUUGCGUGGCCUGGUACGAGCAUUAUAUCGGACUCUAUCCACCCAAGACUGUUUCCGAAAGAGCCACUGCCGCCCAGCACCCCAUAUACUCCCUUCCUUCUGUACACCACCGCAGCCGCCCUCCUAAAUUGGAUUUGUCUGUUUCGCGACCUGUCAAGCGUCCCAAAGUUGACGUAGAGCUGCUUGAUGCAUCCCAAAACCUGCUGCGGCUAUCACGAGACAACAUUUCCCCUCCGGAUCUGCCAGCACAGUCUCAGAUGGCCGUUGCGCCAUUUUUCAGAGACCGCGCUGCCUCUUGGGCACCAGAACUCUCCUCUCCAAACUAUUCCACGCAUUCCUCUUACCAAUCCCAAAACCUGCCCCCGAUAAGACCCUUACUGGACUCUUUGGAGCGCAACUAUUCGCCUUCUUCCAAACCCACCACCACUAACUUUAACUCUAACGCCGAAUAUUUCUCUUCCCCUUUAAGCGGAGACACUAGUUACUCAAGCCCUCCAAUCUCUCCCGGCUAUAGUACUAUAGCCGAGGCACCCAAAGCAUAUGGCGCGAGCCCUGUCCACAACGGAGACAUGAAUUUCGUGACAACCCCUCCUGUGUCUGGUGCAUUUUCUUCUGUCGCCAUGAGUCCCUACUCGAACCCCCCAACUGCUGGCGAUCAGCCGGCCCACCAUCCAAUUAACCCGAUGGCAUUAAAUAACAUCGCACAUUUCUACAACUCUCAUGGGCACAAGUAUACGUAUCCCGGUGGCAUGCAGGUCAUGUAUCGCCCUCAAAACUCGGCAAGCACCGUCGAGCAGCAACAUCCACAGCAGUCGAAGUCCUCUGGUAAGGAGAACUAUUGCUCAAUCGACGUUUAA